CUCUCGGGCACGUGACGAGCGAAGCUAUAAAUAGAGGUGGGGCGCAGUGCGUGUCCGCAGUCGCUGUUGGUGAGCUCGACUGAAGGCAAUAUGGCGUCUACUAGCCGUGGAGAUGCCCUUCCCAAGGUCCAGUGCCCCAACCACCCCGAUGCCAUGCUGGUGGAGGACUACCGGGCCGGAGACAUGAUCUGCCCCGAGUGCGGACUGGUUGUGGGUGACAGAGUUAUCGAUGUAGGAUCAGAAUGGAGGACGUUCAGCAAUGACAAAGCUGCCAAAGACCCGUCGCGAGUUGGAGACGCCCAGAACCCUCUGCUCAAUGGAGGAGACCUGACCACAAUGAUCAGCAAGGGCACUGGGGCAGCAAGCUUCGACGAGUUUGGCAACUCGAAAUACCAGAACCGGAGAACCAUGUCCAGCUCGGACCGGGCCAUGCUGAAUGCGUUCAAAGAAAUCACCAACAUGGCAGACAGAAUCAACCUUCCCAGGAACAUCAUCGACCGAACAAAUAACUUAUUUAAGCAAGUGUACGAGCAGAAAAGCCUGAAGGGAAGAAGUAAUGAUGCAAUCGCUUCUGCUUGCCUGUAUAUCGCCUGCAGACAAGAAGGAGUUCCUCGAACAUUUAAAGAAAUCUGCGCGGUGUCCAGAAUUUCCAAAAAAGAAAUCGGCCGGUGUUUCAAGCUGAUCCUGAAGGCCCUGGAGACCAGCGUUGAUCUGAUCACCACGGGGGACUUCAUGUCCAGGUUCUGCUCCAACCUGGGGCUGCCCAAGCAGGUGCAGAUCGCCGCCACCUACAUCGCCCGGAAGGCUGUGGAGCUGGACCUGGUGCCGGGCAGGAGCCCCAUCUCCGUGGCAGCCGCGGCGAUUUACAUGGCCUCCCAGGCCUCCGCGGAAAAGAAGACCCAGAAAGAAAUCGGAGACAUCGCAGGAGUGGCCGACGUCACGAUCAGGCAGUCCUACAGGCUCAUCUACCCCCGCGCUGCCGACCUCUUUCCCCCCGACUUCAAGUUUGACACCCCCGUCGACAAACUGCCCCAGCUGUAAACCGACCUGCGCCGCCCUUGUGCUUUUAGGGUUUUUUUUUUUACUAAAUCAAAUUUAUAAGGAAUAAAACUUGGGAUUUUUUUUUUUGCUGUUUAAGAGCGGGAACUUUUGUAAAAAGAAAAAUGUUGGUACAUGAUGGAGUACAGGAGACAUUCCAAAGCUUUGAAAAAAGCUGACUGUACUUGCCUAGUUUUUCAUUUAUGUGUAUAUAUACUGUAUAUAUGAUGUCCAUGUGAAACGUGUAUUUACAUAUUUGGUUGCAAUAACACUGAUUUCAUACUGUAUUUACACUUUCUUUUGUAGGAAAUAAGCAAGUUCUAUUUUGUCAGUUGUAGGCAAUAUACUUAGUAAAUUAAAAUUCCAUUAUCAUGUUGA